AUGCGUCUUGCACAGGCGCUGUCCUUCGUGGGUGUGCAGAAAGCGCUGACCCAUGACCGAACCGCCAUGAAGGGCCUGAAGUUCGAUGUGGAGGUGGCGACGCCCAAGCGUGGCGGCAGAAAGGAGAAGUUGGCCCAGGAAGAGAGGGAGCGCCGCGAGGCGGAAGAGGAGGAAGCCAAGAGGUUGAAGCAGCUCGAGGAGGAGAUUGAGGCUGCCGAGGAGAAGAAGAUCAAUGCCCCUCAUUUGUACCAAGAAGUGCGGGCGUUCCAGCGCCUGCAGCGCCAGGACUUGGUGCCGGGACACCUUGUGCUGAGGCGGUGGCUGAAGAAGGGCAAGAAACAGGGCUUCACCACGGUGCCCUUCAGCAGCGCACUCCGACCAGUGGUGCAAGAUCCCAACGCGGACAUCUGCAUCGUGAGCCGAAGGGAGCAGUCGGAUAAGAGGACCAAGGCCUGGCAGGAGAGAUUGGAGGAGUUGCCGCUCUUUGACAUCAGUGGCGUGGCGACCCCUGAGGACUUAGAUCCGUUGGAGCCGUCGUGGAGCGUGCCGCUGGACGAGCUCCCGAGCCACGAGGAGCUGCAGCAGCAGAUGCAGCAGCCGGAGGUGCUGCAAACCAUGCAGAUCAACAGCCUCCGCACUCCCGAGGAGCUCAAAGCAAGGGCAGAGAGCAACGCAGGCACCGCCAAGCUGCUGCGGGAGGUGGUGUCCCAGCUGCCGCCGCGGCUGCUGGAGAAGGAGUACCGUGAGCUGGUGCGGCAAACUGUGCUCGAGGCUAUCAUGGUCAUGUGGGCUGUGCAGAGCUCGGCCAACUCCAGCAAGCUGAAGUGGCGCAUCGCCUGCGCCGAUGACCAGGAGGCCCCCUCCAAAGAGACCUCCCUUCGGGCGAUCUUCCUGCUGGCUGGCGAGCCUCUGGAGUUCAUUCCGCAACAGUUCGUGGACCGAAAGAAGUUCUCGGCAGAGCAGCUGCUCUCCGCAGAGCAGAUGCGGCGCAUGGACUCGCAGGCCUGGGCCGCGAGCCUCACCAAGAUGGGCACCAACGUCUCCCAGGCCUACAAGCAAGUGCCGCCGGGCUGGAUGACCGUGCUCAAGGGCGACAGCUGGCCAGGAAUGCAGGGCAAAGGCGCUGUUUACCGCCUACCGCAGUUCGGCAAGCGACUCUACAUCGAGGUGGACCACGUGUCUGGGGCGCCCAAAGGACCUGGCCAGCCGGAGGCCACCGAGGACGCUCAGGACUACCAGCCUUCCUUCCUGCAGACCUUGGGGCCUUUGGCGGGCCUCGCGGCACUGGUUGUGGCCACCUGGCCCUUCAAGGUGCGGGACGAGAGGGGGAGACGGGGCGAGUUGUCAAAGCUAGGGGACACCAGCACAUGGUCGCUGGUGGCUUUUUCUGGAUUCGUCGCAGCCUAA